AUGCUCAUCCGAGAUUCGCGAAAGCUUGUUCUCUUUGUUGUUCCGGUCCUUUUUUUCGUCAUCGUUGCUCUGAAGCUCUAUCUUGACCCUGUUGGCGCUCAAGAUUGGGUUCCCUCUCAGCUCAAAAAGACCGCAAAGACUGAAGAAGUUCUCUCUGAUGACUCGACACAUGCAUCUGAUCCUCAACCAACACCCGAGGUACAGGUACAGGUAGAGACAGAGCCUGCCCAGCAAGAUGAAAGUCCAUUUGGAAAAGGCGUUAUUCCUCAGGAUAUAAGCUCAACGCACCAUGAACUCUUCUCACUAUCCACUAAAGAUAAAAAGUUCUUUGAGAUAAAAUUCCGAGACCUCACUGCCCUCAACCCAAACAUCAUCCCCCAUCCAACCCUCGACAAUACAUGGAUCGUUGUGGCUCAAUGGCUACAAGAAGGUGGCAACUCACUCUGGUUUGCAGAGCUUGUGUGCAAUGCUGCCUUCAAAGAUGAUGUUCUCACCUGUAUUACCCCACCAGUCACGCUUCCAGUAACUCCUACUGUAGGAGGGAACACUUGUGUAGGUGACUUGGGGUAUUUCCAAAUGAGCAUGGGUCCUCAUGAUGGGCGCGUUUUCUAUGGUCCUGAGAAGCCCUACACUACAUACGGCACGAACUCCAUGUUCACCUGCCUGGGUCAAUUCGUGCAAGAUUUUCGUACGCUCGUCAGCUGGUCGGGCGAUAUGGCAAAUCUCAGCGAGUUUAGAGUGGGCACUGAGCUUCAAAGGCCGCAGCCCUGGAGACCCAUGGAGAAGAACUUUUUUCUCUUCUGGGACUCGAGUGGCAACAUGCAUACCCAUUACGACAUUGCACCCAAAAGAGUAUUUGCUCAGAUGAAUGCUGAUGGCUCCGCUGGUCCUGACCUGGCUCCUGCUGCAGCGGGCGAUGACCAAAGGGGGGCCAAGUAUCUGCCCAAACUCACAACCGAUCUUGAAUCUGUCCAUCAGACGACCAACUCCCUCCUAGUUACCAUGUGUGGCCGAGACGAACCAAUGUGCGUGCCCAAUGAUGAAAACACAUUCAUCAUGGUUAUAUACCAGCACAAGUCAUACUUCAACUACCACAGCGUAUAUGAGCCAUACGUUAUGCUCUUCAAGCAACGUGCUCCUUUUGAAAUUCAUGCCAUGUCCAAGAAGCCAAUCUGGAUUCACGGCCGGAAGCAAUACCCUGAAAAGUCGACGUCGGAUAUGUUCUAUGUUACUUCGAUGAGCUGGAAGAGUAAAGAGCAAAAGUACCAUGGCUUUAUCGGCGAUGAGAUGUUUUUGGGCUUCGGUAUUGAAGAUGUCAGGACAGGAGGUAUCGAUAUUCGGGUUGGAGACUUGCUAACGGAUAUGGGAUUGUGCUUUGAAGGUUAG